AUACGUAGCAUCCGGUACUAAAAUGGCGAUUACCAUGUUCUAACUUGUAGCAAGCUGUCAGCCAGCCGGUCUAGUGAGAAAGUGCCUACGACUAAAUUCUGAGAAGUUAUUUUCAUAAGGUCACGUUAAAUUGUAUAACAUGGCGGCGCAUUUUGUUCCACCAGCGACUCAAGACAAUAAUGACGGAUGGGGACCUUUAGGUAUUCCCGACCGCUACAAAGAUAUGCCAUAUCAACCAUUCUCGAAGAUGUCGGAAUGGGCUGGUGGAAGCAGCAUCAAUUAUUCCUUUACAGACCGCAAGUAUGGUGGUGGAAAAUACUCUGGAGGGGCUGGUGGAAGCCAGUAUGCUUAUCUGCAUGAUGAGGAAGAGAACAGCUUUCAGCUUGUGGAUACUGCAAGGACUCCAAGACCAAUGUAUGCUAGAGGAAGAUUCCUUCGCAACCAACGGCUUGCAAGAGGCAGACAAAACUUUAGGAAUUCUCAGCCUGUGCCACUUAAAGGUGGCAAGAUGAAGGAUAACCGAAUGAGACAGACUAGGAACAAGUGGAAUAAUAGAGGACCUCGUCAAGGCCAAAUUCAGGUUAAAAACCGUGAAUCAUCAGUUAUUGUUCAGCCUUCAUGGAAAAUCAUUGAAGAGAUGGAUUUCCCCAGGCUCAACAAACUUUCUCUGCGUCUUAGCAAGGAAGCUUCUGAUUUACUUACUUGUGGUGAACUCGAGUUUUAUGAUAAGCAGUACGACCGCGUAACUGUGAAAAAUGAACGAAGACUGCAAAGAAUUGAUCGUAUUUUUCACAAGGUCACCACAACUGAUGACCCCAUUAUCCGCAAAUUGGCAAAAACUGAGGGUAAUGUCUACGCAACUGAUUCCAUCUUGGCUACUUUGAUGUGCAGUAUUCGCUCCAACUAUAGUUGGGACAUAAUCGUCCAGAAAGUUGGUGGCAAACUGUUUUUUGAUAAACGUGAUGAUUCGGAAUUUGAUCUGCUAACUGUAUCCGAAACAUCCAAUGAACCUCCUCAAGAAGAGGGCAUCAAUAGCCCACGUAAUUUGGCACUAGAAGCGACCUUUAUUAAUCAUAAUUUAUCCCAACAAGUCCUGAAGAUGGGAGAAGAAAAAUUCAAAUUGGAUGAGCCUAAUCCCUUCAUUUCGGAAGAUGAAGUAGGUGAAGUUGCCUCGGUGGCUUACCGUUACCGUAAAUGGGAUUUAGACGGGGGUGUUGUUCUGGUGGCACGUUGCGAACAUGACGCUGUCACCGUUGGAUCGGCUGGUGAUAACCAAUUUAUCAACAUCAAAGCUCUUAAUGAAUGGGACUCAAGGUUGUCUGGUGGAGUCGAAUGGCGCCAGAAACUGGACACUCAGCGAGGUGCUGUUCUGGCCAACGAGCUGAAGAAUAAUGCAUGCAAGCUAGCAAAAUGGACUGUGCAAGCUCUGCUCGCCAACUCUGAUUGGAUUAAAUUCGGAUAUGUUUCCCGUAUGCACUUACGAGAUACAUCGCGUCAUGUAAUCCUUGGAACACAGCAGUUCCGCCCGUCAGAUUUCGCAUCGCAAAUCAACCUUAACAUGGACAAUGCUUGGGGCAUUCUCCGUUGUAUUAUUGAUUUGUGUAUGAAGGAAGAGGAUGGCAAAUAUUUGUUGGUGAAGGAUCCUAACAAGCCCGUCAUCCGCCUUUACAAGGUGCCCGAUAACACGUUUGAGAGCGACGAUGAAGCAUUUUUCGAAGAAGGCGAAGAAGACGAGUAACGGCUGAUACAAACAAAAGAACAGCUCUUCCACCAAUUCCCCAAUCUACAACAGUACUACGUUUGUAAUGAUCGUUACAUGGAAUAAAGCACUUAUGAAGCUUCCAGUUUA